AUGGAUCCAAUCUCAUUUGGGGCGAGUGUGAUCGCUAUCGCGACUCUUGCCGCUCAAACUUGCUCCGCUCUCUCAGACCUAAGGGCGCUUUGUGAAAGCUUACCAGGGCGUCUUCACGCGGUCAACAAUGAAGUUGCGGAUCUCAACCUUGUGCUUCUCCAGGUCUCCUUGCUCAUCAAAAGCCGAGAAUUCUUACCCGAAACCAAGUUUUCAGCUAUCCCACAUCUUUUGCAGCAAGCGAAUAAAAAACUACUUGAGAUCAAAGACAUUGUUAGUCAGCUCACCGUGGCCUGUCGCUCUUCGAGAAUGUCGAUUUCCAGGGUACAUGCUUGGCGAAAAGAACAAAGUCGACUGCAAGUUCUUCAAGACGAUAUUAGGACGGUCAAGGCCAAUUCAAAUGUUAUGCUUGGGGCCUCAAACUCGCAAGAUAUGACAAAGAUACGUUUGGACAUCGAGGCCAUCUCGGCUGUCACAUUUGAAUCUUCGCAACAGCAGAUUUCCCUAGAAACCAACUUUCUAAGUGGACUUGCUGCUGUCGACCAGCGUAUAGCCAGAGUUGAGGAGAUGCUAUUGACUCAGUCGCAUCAAGUUCAAGCAAGUCAAUUUACCCAAGUUGGAUCAUCGUACCACAUGUCCACCACUCGAAUGCAGCGUCCAUACUCAGUGAAAAAGGAGACACCCCUGGCGACAACGAGCUCUGAAGGGAUAGGCAUUCGUGUCACUCCAUUUUCCGUCAAUUGCCGGUCGGGCUGUCCAUGUGCUUGUCAUUCGCACCAGAAGGCGACAAGUCCCGCACUUGCCAACCGUAUCUUCGGUCAGCUUUUUGUUGGCUACGCUGGACUUCCCUACUUCAGCCCAAAGUGUAAUACACACGCAUGCAACAAAUCAAGGGCACGUCAAGUUAGUCUUGAAUACUGGUUUCCCUUCACAUCGUUGUCAUCUGCAAUUGUGCGACUCCAAAUUGGUUACCAGCCCAACGUUGGGACACUACUACAUCUCGAUACACUACGGAGGGUACCCGACACCGCACAAUGCGUUAGCUUUGCAUUGAACGGAAACAUCGACGGCCUAAAAUAUCUCUUUAGCAAAGGAUUGGCUUCUCCACGUGAUGUCAGUACCUCUCGCGGGUAUUCGGUUCUUCGGUGGGCCCUAUAUGGAAAACAGUAUGAAACAUGUGAAUUUUUGAUCCAUGCGGGCGCAGACCCGGACUACAGACCGAUCUCUGGCAGUGACAAUAACCCAAGGAAUAAAGCAUGUCAUUUCAUUCUCGAAGGUGGACUUUCUGAGACCGCUGUUGGUGCACUCCGCAUCAUCGCCAAAAAUGACUAUCUUGAUGAUUUCAUAGAUGAGGCAAGGUUUACAAAGACUCAUAAGACUGUCCUCGGCCUGUCAAUGUUGAGUCUCGAAGACGAGAUUACCCACAGGCCGGAGGAUAUCAAUGCCGUUGAUGCCAUGGGUCGCACUGCACUGGCCUGGGCAGCCGCCCGAGGGGAUACGCGAGCUAUUGUCACACUCCUUAGUCACGGCGCCAAUCCAAACAUCGUCGAUGUUCAAUUAUCCGGUCCUCUGUCAAAUGCUGCUUCCCAGGGUCAUACUGUUGCCGUUCGUCUACUUCUAGAGGCGGGAGCACAACCAGAUUUAUGUCAUCCUAGUGGUGAAAGGAAAGGCAGUCCACUGAAUUGCGCUACCCGAAACGCUACCGAUAUUUUGCUUCUGAAAUCUCUGCUCGAUUUUGGCGCAGAUGUGAAUGCCAGUGGAAAUGAUGGCAAGACCGGACUUAUUCAUGCGGCAAGAAUUGACAAUGCUGGUUUUGCUAUGCUAUUAUUGGAAUAUGGUGCCAACAUCAACUCGGUAUCAGCCGACGGAUCAACUCCUUUGACCACCGCAAUUAUCUACAACAGUCAUAAUGUUCUACGAUUGUUCCUUGAUCGAUGGCAUGAGUAUUCGAUCUGCCCCCGUAUGAAGGGCCCCAACCUUCUCCAGGUCGCGGCACUAUAUGCUGAUCCUGCUACGCUCCAAAUUUUGGCGGCGACAGAUCAUUUCAGAAGGAAAUACGACAAACAAUACACUAUUGGGGACUUCCGAAAUUACCUGAAGCAGCGUCCAGAUUUUACCGAAAAGUUAGCAUUGGCAUUUGAUGAACUACUAAGUGUUGUUAACCAGGUGCCAGAAUUUGUUGCUGACUCUGGAUUUAUUUCUUGGUGUCUAUCUCGAUCUAAUUCAGGCUUCGACGAAUUACAGGAGCCUGGGAGCGCUUGCAGCUCUGAUGGGAGCUUCCAUGACGCCAUUGAAAAACAUCCACUGAUCACAGAAAGUUUCAUUGCCAUAGAAUAA